GUGAACUACAAAUAAAAGAAAGCGUCAGCAAAGAUGGUGAAGUCGAAGGACGGAGCUAAGCAUUCUUAACGAUCAAAUGUCUAAAUUAGCGGUGAAGAAUACAUUAAGAGUCGGUCAACAUGUAAGUGUCGAUUCACGAGGGAUCUGCUCGAUGUGAAUAAAGCACUUGUCAGCUCUCGAGGAAAGCAGCUCGGAAAGACGUCGAGUAAGACUUUGACAAGACAAAAUAGCCUACCUGUUUGUACAUUUACAUUAAGAAAAUAAACAUCAUGAGAGGAGGAAGAAGGACCGAUGAUAUUGUCUUCUUUGCAAAUCAGAAAGUAGGAGCAUGGAUAAGCUAUUGGUCGAAUGAGCGAUAGAAUCUAUCGUGUUUAUAAAGAUGCAGAUUUGGGAGCAACUUUCCACCAGUAGUUAAAUAAGCUUAAUGACAUGAAAGAAUGAAACGAGAUACCGUCAUUACCUGUGUGGAGCCAAACCGAAGAGCAAAAACGAUGACAACUGUAUUGGAUGGUAGCUAUCAACAGCUCGAGCCUUAUGACGAGGGCGAGGGUGACGGUGACGAUGACGACGAACGUGAAGAAACGCCUCAAGAAUCAGGUGUAAUGAUACAUGUGGUACCGGAGGGAAACAAAGCGAGAUGGAAUCAUAUAGAAGAUUUGGAUUCUUUCUUCACGAGAAUGUAUCAUUAUCAUCAAAAGCAUGGCUUUGCAUGCAUGAUGCUUCAAGAAGUUUUUGAAUUAGGACAAUUCAUUUUCGUAGUCACCUUCUCCACAUUUCUCUUUCAUUGUGUCGAUUAUUCCGUAUUAUUCAGAGAUAAAAUAAUAAACAAACCGCAGAAAAUAUCGAUCAAUGAUGCCAUAUUGUCAACGGGAGAAUGCACAGCUUCUAUGGGAUUGUUCACGUGGAUUUGCAUUUUAGUAGCAGCUAUUUUUUGGAUUUUACGUGCCGUUAAAGUUCUUUAUCACCUUACUCAGUUUUGGGAUAUAAAAUUAUUCUUUAAUGUAGCAUUAAAAAUUGAAGACUGUGAUUUGGAUAACUUAACGUGGCACGAAGUGCAAAAGAGAGUAAGAGAAGUUCAAAAAGAACAGGAAAUGUGUAUUCAUAAAAGAGAACUCACGGAAUUAGAUAUAUAUCAUAGGAUAUUAAGAUUUAAAAAUUAUAUGGUGGCCAUGAUUAACAAGUCGCUGCUACCUGUGCGACUUAAGGUCCCUAUUAUCGGUGAAGUCAUUUUUAUGACAAGAGGAUUGAAAUAUAAUAUGGAACUACUCUUAUUCUGGGGGCCAUGGUCGCCUUUUGAAAAUAAUUGGCACCUAAAGGAAGAUUAUAAAAAACUAUGUAAGAGGCAGGAACUGGCGCGAAUAUUAUCGAAGCACAUUUUAUGGGUGGGAAUAGCAAAUUUUUUAUUGUGCCCGUUAAUUCUCUUGUGGCAAAUCCUCUAUUCAUUUUUUAACUAUGCCGAAAUCAUAAAGAGAGAACCAGGUACUCUGGGAACAAGAAUGUGGUCUCUGUACGGUCGACUUUAUCUUCGUCAUUUCAACGAACUCGAUCACGAAUUAAAUGCACGUUUAAAUCGUGCCUACCGUCCAGCUUCGAAGUAUAUGAGUAUAUUUACUUCGCCUAUAAUGACGGUUAUUGCAAGAAAUGUUACAUUCGUAACUGGAAGUAUAUUAGCUGUUCUAUUAAUAUUGACGGUAUACGACGAAGAUGUUUUAACGGUUGAACACGUUUUAACAACUAUCACCAUAUUGGGUGGGAUGGUAGCUGGUUCAAGAGCAUUCAUACCCGAUGAAAAUUUGGUAUGGUGUCCAGAGGCAUUAUUGACCGCUGUGUUAGCACAUACACAUUAUAGACCGGACAGUUGGCGAGGUCAUGCUCACAUGCAAACUACAAGAGCACAGGUAGCUCAACUCUUCCAAUAUCGUGCUGUUCAUUUAUUGGAAGAAUUGAUAUCUCCUUUAUUAACACCAUUUAUUUUGUGCUUCCACAUGAGACAAAGAGCUUUAGAUAUCGUUGACUUUUAUCGUAACUUUACUAUCGAAGUAACUGGUGUCGGUGACGUAUGUAGUUUCGCUCAGAUGGAUGUACGAAAGCAUGGAAAUCCAAUGUGGCAAACUGUUGCUCAAAGUCCUAUAGACGAUCGUAAUCCAGGAUACGAUAAUCCUGGAUAUAUCACUGACACAGGAAAAUUACACGUUCCUAUGUCUAAUCAAUACACCCAAGCCGAGGACGGUAAAACGGAGUUAUCGCUGAUACAUUUUACAUUAACGAACCCAGAAUGGAAGCCACCGAGUCACGCAGAAAACUUUGUCGCGGCAUUGAGAGAAAGAGCGAAGAAGGAAGUAAUGAAUGGUGUACCAACCGAUGUAAACCCAUUGCUCGCAAGUUUGAAUAGUUUAUCUGGUCUAGGACCUGGAUACAACGACUUAGUAUCAAAUAUUAUUCGAAGCACGAUGAUAAAUCAAGUCAGUGUUCCGAAUAUAAGCAGUGCGUUUACAAAUCAGGCUGGUAUUUUAGGUGCUUCUGUCCAAAUGGACGAAGCAUCUAUCAGUCAAAGAUCAGAUAACAUUUCAUAUCCUGUGCGUCGUGGUUUGAGAAAGGCUGAAGGUCCGUUGCACAAUGAUAAAGGAUUCUUGUACGGAUUGCAACAAGGCAUAUCGAAUCAAUCUCUUGGUGCAUCCGUUUUUGGAUCAGCUAACGAAUUAACUACGGACCUGUCGGUACCGGUAGAAUUAACUGCAGCUGAUAUGUCACUAUCUACAUUGUACCUGCACGAGCUUCAUCACAGACAAGUACGUAGGCGAGGCUAUCAAGAAAUGGCAACGAGAAGUGUGUGGCAGCGAAGUCCAGUCCAAGAAUUAGCAACGCUUCCUGAAGUCAGACAAGAAAGAGCCCCUUUACUUCUACAUCAAGAUUCUUCUAUAAGAAAUAAUAGAGAAUCCUAGCGUAACGGUCGCUGAUGAUCGUGUUCACAUCGGAAAUUUCUAGUUAAUUCAUGCUUCUCAAUUUAGAUAAAAUGUGAGGUAUAUAUAAUUUUUUUUUUUUUUUUUUUUUUUUAUAUAAUCUUUUUUGUGAUUUAUUCUCUAAGACUCUUUAUAAAGUAAACAAUUUCAUGAUUCAUUUUAUGAUAGAAAAAUACGCUCUAGACGUAAGUCGAUCGAGAGUUAAUAGAGAUAUUAUAGUCCGGCUCUCUCUCUCUCUCCCUCUCUCUCUCUCUCUCUCUCUCU